CCCAGCCAGACCAACAAGGCCAGUAAGUGAGUCAGCAGCCGCAGUCGUAUGUCUCGUUGUCAAAGUAGUUGAAGGGAAUCGACUCACCCACACGCCACGUGAACUCCCACAACCUACACACAGCCACCCACCCAUUUAUCCAUCCAUUCUUCUGUAUGUGUAUGUGUGGAAGUAUCUAUACCGGAUGGGUGGCUCCCGUCUUUUGAACAGGUCAACGAAGUUGUCUCGCAUUCCUCUGAGGCCGCUUCCCAAGCUAAAGGGGGCUAAAUGGGGCGGCAGCUCACGAAGGUAGUCAAUCCUAUCACGACGCAUGUGUUCUCUUGAAGUUGAAAACACACACACACACACACAGAGGGAAGACAGGUCAUUUCUUUUCUCUCUGACGUGUGCUGUCACACACUUGGUGGUCUGGUUGGUGAGUAUGAGAAAGGUCUGGUAGGCCAGAAGACCCAGCUGCACCACACGCACACGCAGAGUGAAGGACAACAGACAAUCCGUCAAUCCAUCCAUCGAGGUAUUGAUCUGCUCGCCCUCCUCUAUUGUUCUUGGCUCACCGUGAUGCCCACGAGCACCAUGAGAGAGCCCCAUAUGAGGAGGGUCAGCAUGUUCCUCUUCAGCCAGUCGAUAGCGUAGAACUUCUCGUGGAACGCUGAAAAUGCCUGGACACACACACACACACACACACCACACCGAGGACGCAGAAGCACUAUCCAUUCCCUGCUGUCUGUCUCUCUUUGUGUCUGUCCGUCCGUCCGUCCGUCUGUCCGUCGGUCGGUCGGUCGGUCCGUCUGUCUGUCUGUCUGUCUAUGUCUGAGCAUACCAGUGACGCAUCCCAUACGAGACACAGAGCACUGAGCCACAGGAAGAUGUAGAAUUUCCAGUGGUUGAGCUCGCCCACGCAGCCGCCGACGUAGAAGCAGUGGUGGUCAAAGGUCGCCACACACAGCCCGCACUCUCGGCAGUGGUGCGCCCGGCGCGGCUGCACGAUGUCACAUAUGUCACACCAGUGAAGCGGGGGUUGGACCUCGCCAGAUGCCGUCACGUGGUAAAAGAUGCUAUCCACCUCUUCACCAACUGCCCCUCUGCCGUCUCUGCCGUCCGCUGUGGCUCCCUCUGUGUGGGCGUGGGUGUGUGUGGGGUCACCGCAUUCACUACCGUCUCUAUCGCUGGCCAGGUCGUAGACGUCACACUGUGGGCCAUUGGCCUGGUCGGCAGAGGAUGGCUGGGCGGGAGUCUCGUUCUCGGCGGUGUCGCUGGUGGAUUUGCCGACCACCUGUGGCUCAAGCGACUCGGCAGUGCUCGCUGUCGUGUUGCGGUGAUAAGACGGAGGGACAAUCUCACCCUCAGAUUCCUUCACACGAUAGCCACUAUCGUCCAUCACUGGAAGCGGUGGUGGUGGUGGUGGUGGUGUCUCCCUCUCCCUCUCCCUCUGCCGGUCUUUCUCCUUUGUUCGCCGCAUUCUCUCAGCAAACGUCCUGUUGGGCUUCAGAUACCCCGGCCCGCGGCCCUUGCAGCUGACGCUGCGGUACCAGUACCAGGCCAGGCCGUGCAGCGUGGCGUAUGUGAGUAUGUAGAGGGACGAGAGGGGGUGUGUGAGGGUGGAGAGGACGUGUGAGAGCUCUGAGUCCUCGACAAACAGCCAGGAGAGAAAGAGGAACGAGGCGAUGCCGUGGAAGAGGCGGGAGGAAAGGCCCGUCCAUCGAACCUGGCAUAUAUGCAUACAUACAUGCACCGUCCGUCCACCAUAAUGUGGGGCCUGCCCUGGCUCCUACACCCAGUCACACCUCUUCGGGGAGGUGUUUGGUGGGGUCAUCCAGAGUCACAGUGGUUGCCUCUGACCACAUGGCUGUCGGCCAACCGGGCCCACAGCCACUGUACUCAGCGAAAUCUAUCCCAUGGUCGUCCUGCAGCACACGCACAAGGGCCGUCAUGGAGAGGGAGAGACGCCAUCAUGACGUAAGCAUCAUUGCAUCAAUGCUUGGGUGUGAAAGGCCCUUCAUCUUCCCCCCUACUGACCUGUACCUCUUCACUCGCUUCCCUGUGGUCCUCCACCCCCGCCAAGUCAUUCUCCUCGAUGACGAAUUCCACUCUUGCUCGCCCGUUGUUCCUUACAUUCUUGAACGGCGACAGAUCAACAAUUUCAGCCCCUGGAGAUGAGGACUCACGCACCCUGCGCUCAGGAGUGGUGGGCGUCAUGUCGAACCGUGUGAGACGCC